AUUCUAGCAACACAUUGGCGCGCCGGGAUGGAUGUCCACAUGCAUGGUUCGGACCCAGAAGCGGGGCUGAUACAAGAAGAGGAUGCUGACAGGGAGGUGCCUGUGUCGCCCCAUGCUGGACCGGUUGGAAGACCCAAUGGGCCCAACGGGCCCAACGACUUAAACCAACCGCUGCUGGAUGACGCGCAUGAUGCGUUUAGAGUCAGCAGGUCCAGGGAGGAGAAGCCCCAUCGGAGUCACCUGCGGCGAUCGUUGGAACUAUGCGAUGGCAGUGUACAGCCUUGCACCAAGGACCCCUUUUAUCAAAGGUAUGUGCUCUGUGGCAAUCCCAUGUUGAAGAAGAUCGAGCAUGCCUGUAGACUCGGCGGCGGCGAAGCGGUCUCCAAAUAUUUGGACCCCGUGGCCCCUGAGAAGGGUGACACGGCAGACAAAUGGGAGGCCCUGUAUGUCUCCUUUCGAGACCCCCAAAAAAGGACCCAUGUGGAAAUCAAGAUCCAUGCAGUGCACUUGGCCGCCAGCUUGGGCAGCACUACAGUGCUACAAUGGUUGGUAGACCAUUGCUCUCCAGACGUGCUGUGCUAUCAGUCAAUUCUGGGCACAGUCUGUGAAGAGAAUGGUGAAACCACUGAUUGCAGAGAGCAUUACACACCCCUGCUGGCUGCUUUGUUCAUGAGUCAAGUUGAAACUGCUAUUUGGAUCUUGGAGAACGCCCCCACCUCUGCGACAUUGGCAAAUGCUGAUGGCAUGUCACCACUGCACAUCAUCGGUUGGACCGGGUUGCCAUCCAUCUCAGCGGAGUUGCGAACUGCAGCCUUGGAGCGGAUGUGCCACACCCUGGUGGAGAAGAAAGCAGGUCUACUGACCACGGUGAGGGGUUUGCAAAGCCGGGAGGACGAAUUUGCCAAGAUGAUUCGCAACAAGACCCCGCUGGAAAUUGCAGUCGGGCAAAAGUCUUCGUUUCCAAAGCAGAUGCUUCAUCUACUGACGGAAGCCUAUCACUAUCCGGCUCAAAGCCGGCGAUUGUUCAUUGAAAUGAAUAUUAUCGCAAAGGCCAAUCCUGCAGCGUGUGUGGAACUGCUAGGCAAAAUCCAGGAGCGAGCUCCCAAUCAAGUUCAACAAAGCUUGCGUGCAGAAGUGAGGCGGCUUUGUGUUGUUGGGACCAAUAGCCAUGUGAACAUGUUCGUGGAGACUUUGAAGAUGUCCCCCAUUGCUGCUGCGAAGCUCCUGGUCUUGUUGAUGGGAGAACCCCGUGUGGCAGAUCCACAAAGGUAUCAUUUGCCGCUGUACACCGUGCUUCCCAACCGGGAGAUGAUUUGUACCUACCAGCCAGUGGAGCUGGGCGAUGAUGUUAAAGAAACUGAUGAUCUCUUCAUUCCCAUCUGGAAGAACAUCGCUCCGAAUAAAUCAGCAGCGGAGCCACUGCCUCUGUGGCAUCGUGAGUUUCGACGGAAUCUGCCCAGCGAUCCGUUGCUUCACACAGAUGUCUAUGAGGUCAAGGUGAAGGUCUUGUAUUUGCCUGACAUCCUCAAUUUGAAAGUUGUGAGUAUCCUGUCUAUGGUCUGGAACAACUGGGACAACAUGAAAGUCUUUUCAGAGAUCCCAAUCAGGGCUAUCAUCGCAGGCUUCUGGCGCCGCUACGCUGAUGAAUGGCGUUUUGGCAUGUUUUGGGCUACUCUUCUGCUCAUGGCGAUCAUUGCUCUGGGCUUGCGCAUAACGGAUCCAUUUGGCAACGAAGUCGUUCCUGAACUUUUUAUUCGCAGCCUCAUUGUGGCGAAUCUCUUUUUCGAAGGCGCGAAUUUGACCUACGGCUUUGCACUAUGCAGAAGGCGUGCUGAAGUUCCUCACAGGACCUACUUGUACUUUGUCAGCUUCACCGUGGUGAACUGGUGUGCGCUUCUGAUCCUGGCCCUCACAGAAUACCCCAUCAAGACCCCGCGGGCAAAGGUCCUGGCGGCUGGAAACAUCCUGUUAAGGUGCUGUUGGAUUGUCCUGGAGUUCCGCGUGGUGCCAGUCGUGGGGCCGCUGAUCAUAGCUGUUUUGCAGUCUUUUGCUCCGAUGAUCGGAAUGUUUGCCUUUAUGGGCAUGAUGUUUGUGACUUUUGCUUUCACAUUUCUCACGAUGAAGGAUGAUAACCGAAGCAUAACUUAUGUCUUGCUGAAUCUGUAUCAGGCGUUGUUCCUCACAGACAGUGAUGGUGCGGAGAGCAUAUCCGGCAUGGACAUUGGGCACCAGCAGACUUUGGACUUUGGUGCGGAGAUGUACACGGGAGGAGGCAAUUCAUGGCUGCUGACAGCCACAACUGCGUGCAUGUUGUUUGCCACCUCGUCAUUUUCGUUGGUUUUAUUGAAUUUGACCAUUGGUAUGUACACCAAGUUUUACGAGAUGCAGGAACCGUUAGCACGCCUGGGUUUUCAGCAAUGCCGCGCAAGGAUAAGCGUGAUGUUCAUGCUGAGACCAGCCUUACCAGCCUCAUUUCUAGCAAAGAUUGGUGCUGCUGGCUACACGGCCUCUGCAGCACGAUGGGCUGUAAGUAUUCUCGCUCUGCCUUUCUUCCUGCUGAGCUUGCUCGUUGUCUUUGUGCUUGAGCCUGCAUACCACGCGUAUGAUGCUCACGAUCAUAUGCAUACCUCUAUUCUCGCCGGCUUUUGUCUGUCAAUCAGCUUGCUGAUUCUGCAGUCUGCCUUGCUGAUCAGCAACAGCGAUCUUGAUCAGCGCCACCGUUUCUUAUGGGUGAGCUAUAGAUCCGAUUACAGCGACAACCUCUACAUAAAUCAAGAUGUGGAGUUGACCCAGCUGAAGUCGGAGCUGCGGGAUGCGGAGCGGCGUCAGAGUGCAGAGAUCAAUCGACAGAGCCAGGAGAUUGCGAGACUGAGUAAGGACGUGAAAGAUUUGUCGCAGCAGCUGAAGAAAGCGCAUGACCUGCUCCAAAGUGCAGACCGAGACCGCAGUUGCAUUCCUCAGUAAUGUCCAAACCAGAGUAACCGGAGUCUGAAACGUGACACCGGAAGCAGAGCUUUAGGCUGCCUCGUUUUAAAA